UCUGCCUGAGAAUGGUCCCUUGGCGGGUGUGUUGGGAUUGCCCCUCACCCUGGCCAUAGAAACUGCCUGGUCUCCAGUCCCUCCCUCUCAGGACUCACGGCGUCCCCAUGCUGCGAACCCCCGUCCGGGAUGGCCUCUGCCGUCUGUCCACCUACUUGGAAGAACUGGAGGCCGUGGAACUGAAGAAGUUCAAGUUAUACCUGGGGACCGUGACAGAGCUUGGAGAAGACAAGAUCCCUUGGGGACGAAUGGAAACAGCCGGUCCCCUGGACAUGGCCCAGCUGCUCACGGCCCAUUUCGGGACGGAGGCAGCCUGGCUGCUGGCUCUUGGCAUCUUCGAGCGGAUCAACAGGAGGGACCUGUGGGAGAGAGGACAGAGAGAGGACCUGGUGAGGGAUGCUCCACCUGGUGGCCCAUCCUCCCUUGGGAGCCAGUCAACGUGCCUUCUGGAAGUCUCUCCUGGCACACCAAGAAAAGAUCCCCGGGAGGUCUACAGGGACUCGGUGCGCAGGGCGUUCCGGCUGAUGGAAGACCGCAACGCGCGCCUGGGCGAGUGCGUCAACCUCAGCCACCGCUACACCCGGCUGCUCCUGGUGAAGGAACACUCCAGUCCCAUGCGGGCCCAGCAGAAACUCCUGGACACGGGCCGGGGACACGAGAGAAGCGUGGGACACCAGGCCAGCCCCAUCCAGAUGGAGACCCUCUUUGAGCCGGACGAGGAGCGCCCCGAGCCCCCGCGCACCGUGGUCUUGCAGGGCGCGGCGGGGAUCGGGAAGUCCAUGCUGGCGCACAAGGUGAUGCUGGACUGGGCCGACGGGAAGCUCUUCCGAGGCCGGUUUGAUUACGUCUUCUACAUCAACUGCAGGGAGAUGAACCAGGGCGCUGAGCGCAGCGCGCGGGACCUCAUCGCCGGCUGCUGGCCCGAGCCCAGCGCGCCCCUGCAGGAGCUGGUCCGGGUUCCCGAGCGCCUCCUCUUCAUCAUUGACGGCUUCGACGAGCUCAAGCCUUCUUUCCACGACCCUCAGGGGUCCUGGUGCGUCUGCUGGGAGGAGAAGCGGCCCGCGGAGCUUCUCCUUUGCAGCCUGAUCAGGAAGAAGCUGCUUCCUGAGCUGUCUUUGCUCAUCACCACGCGGCCCACGGCUUUGGAGAAGCUCCACCGCUUGCUGGACCACCCCAGGUACGUGGAGAUCCUGGGCUUCUCUGAGGCGGAGAGGAGGGAGUACUUCCACAAGUAUUUCCACAACGCCCAGCAGGCCAGCCAGGUCUUCAACUUCGUCAGGGACAACGAGCCCCUCUUCACCAUGUGCUUUGUCCCCAUGGUGUGCUGGGUGGUUUGCACCUGCCUCAAGCAGCAACUGGAGGGUGGGGGGCUUUUAAGACAGACGUCCAGGACCACCACAGCAGUGUACCUGCUCUACCUUCUGAGUCUGAUGCAGCCCAAGCCCGCGACCCCGUCCCUCCGAGGGCUGUGCUCCUUGGCCGCCGAUGGCCUCUGGAAUCAGAAGAUCCUAUUUGAGGAGCAGGACCUCCGGAAGCAUGGCCUGGAUGGGGCGGAUGUCUCUGCCUUCCUCAACAUGAACAUCUUCCAGAAGGACAUCAACUGUGAGAAGUACUACAGCUUCAUCCACUUGAGUUUCCAGGAAUUCUUUGCGGCCAUGUACUAUGUCAUGGACGGCGCGGAGCGUGGGUCAGGCCCAGACCAGAACGUGACCAGGCUGUUGGCGGAGUACGGGUUUUCAGAAAGGAGCUUCUUGGCACUCACUGUCCGCUUCCUCUUUGGACUCCUGAAUGAGGAGACGCGAAGCUGCCUGGAGAAGAGUCUCUGCUGGAAGGUCCCACCUCACAUCAAGGCGGAGUUGCUGGACUGGAUCGAAAGCAAAGCCCAGAGCGAGGGCUCCGCCCUGCAGCAGGGCUCCUUGGAGCUCUUCAGCUGUCUGUAUGAGACCCAGGAGGAGGAAUUCAUCCAGCGGGCCCUGAGCCACUUCCAAGUGGUGGUGGUCAGGGACAUUGCCUCCAAGAUGGAGCGCAUGGUCUCCUCGUUUUGUGUGAGGAACUGUAGGAGCGCCCAGGUGCUGCACUUGCGUGGGGCAGCCUACAGCACCGACGAAGACGACGGGACCAGAUGGACUCCGGGAGCCCACACGCUGUUGGCGCAUUUGAGACCAGAGAGGAACGUCCUGCUGGACACCCACGGUGAACGCCUGGCUGCGGCUUUGUGCACCAACCCCAAUCUGCUGGAGCUGGCUCUGUACCACUACGCCCUGGGAAGCCGGGCUGUGAAGCUACUCUGCCAGGGCCUCAGACACCCCAGCUGCAAACUCCAGAACCUCAGGCUGAAGAGGUGCCGCAUCUCCAGCUCUGCCUGCCAGGACCUUGCAGCCACUCUUAUAGCCAAUAAGCAUUUAAUAAGGAUGGAUCUAAGCGGCAACAACCUCGGACUUCCAGGCAUGAAACUACUUUGUGAGGGGCUCCAACAUCCCAAGUGCAGGCUGCAGAUGAUCCAGUUGAGGAAGUGUCGGCUGGAGUCUGCGGCCUGCCAGGACAUCGCUUCAGUGCUCAGCUCCAACCGACACCUGAUAGAAUUGGACCUCACAGGAAAUGCUCUGGAGGAUUCGGGCCUGAGGUGGUUGUGCCAGGGUUUGAGGCACCCGGUCUGCAGACUACGGACCUUGUGGCUCUGGCUGGACAGCUGCAGCCUCACGGCUAAGGCUGGCAAGGACCUUUCUUCCAUCCUGGGCACCAACCAGACCUUGACUGAGCUUUACCUGACCAACAACGCCCUGGGGGACACAGGUGUCCGGCUGCUAUGCAAGCGGCUGAGCCAUCCCGGCUGCCAGCUCCGAGUCCUCUGGUUAUUUGGAAUGGACCUGAACGAAACGACGCACAGUAGGUUGGCAGCGCUCCGAGGAACAAAACCUUACUUGGACAUUGGCUGCUGAGCGGCCCUGCCUGCCGGUUCCUCUCUCCAAGUCCGGACCGGGGAAGAUGGGGUCGUCGUCACCGAACGACAGAAGGACCAGGCUGCUCGUUUCCCCAGGAGACAGAUUCGUAUGCAGAUUGAGACCAAAGGUGCCUCGUGCUGGGGGUCUGAGGGACCCCCGUGUGCAGCUUUAGCUGUGAGGACGUGGCUGCACACAGAGCGCCCCGGGCGGGGCGUGACCGACUGGGAGAGGCUUGAAGGCCCCUAGGAGGAGACGCAAAAGCCAAGAUGACUACAAAGUGAGGGUCCUCGAAGGAGGGUGAUCUUGUCCUCCAAGAAACAGUUAGCGGGUCUGGAGGUAUUUUUACCAUGGGGUGGGCACCACUGCCAUCUAGCGGUAAGGACGGGGUGCUGCUCAAUGUCCCGCAAGGCACAGGACAGAUCGCCAAAGCAUCUGACCCCAAACGCCAACUGUGCCCAAAUCAAACCCUUUCCUCAAAAAGGUUAAUGGUGGGAGGUACUAGGGGGACUGAGCGUUGGGAAGAGACUCCGUGCAAGCCGGACCUUAGGAUGCUCGCGAUGCCAGCAGCCCUGGCUAGAAUCAGGCUGGG